AUGACAUCUGUAUCUCUUCAGACGCUACUACAGCUGCAGACAGCACCUACAAAUCAACAAACAACCACCUCCUCUGAACCGCCUCCCACAGCCAACGACGGUGACCCUUUCGCUCCUCUAGAGAAUGCCGAUGCUCUAGAACCCGUUACUAGCCACGACGUGAAGAAUGGUGUUUCUGUAAACGAUCCUACUCCUGCGAACGAGCCUAUUCCCGGUUCGGACUCCGCUAAUGUUGCAAAGCAGUCAGUUGACGGCAACGACGCGACCGAGCGUAAUGAUAGCGAGAAGAAGACUAAGCGUAAUGGAUUGGAAGCUGGAGCCUCUGAGGUGGACGGUGGCCAGACGGGUUUGGAGCCACAGCUCGCGCCGACGCUUGCGCCAGGCGGAGGCGGAGCGGAAGGCGGAGGUAACGCGGAAGGCGGAGGUAACGCGGAAGGCGGAAGCGGGAGGGGAGGUGGAGCGGAAGGCGGAACGGAAGGCGGAGGUGCAAAUGUUGCGGAAGCGCCGGUUGAUGUCGGAGGAAAGCUACCCGCGGAGCUUCCGCAGUCGGCGCAGUUUCCGGCGGAUCCUCCGCGGAAGGACAUGAUGCAAAUGUUUCAGGAGCAGACGGCAUCCGUCCUGCUGGAUCCUAUCGAAGCUGCUUUUGACGAGGAUGGCCUUGGCGAGGAUGACGCGGACCUUGACGGAGACAUGGACGGUGGCGAUGAGGAUGAUGGUGAAGGCAACGGUGACGGCGACGGCAAUGGCGACGGCGAAGGCGACGGCGACGAGGAAGGUGACGGCGACGGCGACGGUGAUGGUGACGGUGACGGCGGCGACGGAGAAGGAGACGGAGAAGGAGAGGGAGACGUGGACAAAGACGAUGGCGGCGGCGGUGGCGGUGGUGGUGGUGGUGGUGACGGUGACGGUGACGACGGUGACGGCAAGGAGCUGCCGGCAACGUUAGAUCCGGCAGACGCGGACCUCCCCUUCAAGCGGAAACGCGGACGGCCGAAGAAGAUCCGCAGAGCGGAGGCGCCAGACGCAGACGCUUUUUCCCCGCUCAUUGGGGACACGCUGGGCGGGCGGCCGUUCAAACGGCGCGCUUUCGCGGAGGCGGACGCCGUGCGCGUGGGGAUGGCGUUCCUGGAGCGCGGGGAGAAGAAACCGCGCGUGGAACGAGACGCGGCGCUACCGCGCGGACCGGCGCAGGGGCUGGAACGGCCACAUCCGCACAAAAUCCACUCGCGGCUCGGGCACCAGCCGCAUCUGCAUCCUCCGCCACCGCCGCAGCAGCAGGUGCCCCUGCCUUUGGAUCCCCUCUUUGGCCGCUUCGGGCGGCGACCCCAAGGGGAUAGCAAGUUCGUUCCGGAUUGGGCGGCGAACUUCGCGGCGGAGAUGGGCAUAAGCGCGCGGCCGAAGGCCCCGCGUUAUGAGGACGCGCAUUACGAUAAGAUGGGGGAGGAGGAAGAGGAGGAGGACGAGGAUGAGGCGGGGUUUGCGGGCGGAAUGCGGGGAGAGGGCUUGCGGAACUUGCGUGGAAGGCGGGGAUCGGGGGCGGGCUUUCGUGGCAUUGCAGGAUUGGAUGGUUUUGGCGGUGCUGACGUGGACGGGAGGCGGAAACGGAAAGGACGGAAGCGGUUCCAGCAUUUGCCGGACGAGGAUGAUGACGUGGUGGAGGUCAAGGAUGACGUGUUGUUCUUCCCGGCCAACCGCGGGGGAGUGCACAUGGACCGUAGGCGACGCCGUGAGAUGCGGCGUGGGUUGCACCGUGGGUUGCAACGUGGAAUGCGUGGACAUAAGGAGAGCCUUCGAGGUUCGCUAAAGAAGGUCAGGCGUAAGGGACUUGAGAAAGAGAGGACCAAAAUUGGGACGGAAGGGGAAGGAGAAGGGGAAGGGGAAGAAUCAGGAGGUGAAGCAGUGGGUUUGGACGGGAAUAAGAUUCGUUUGACGGAUAGCAUGUCUGUGCCUUUGUUUCCGGGCAGCUUGGGCAGCAGCGGGAUAAAAGGGCAGCCACAAAUGAGCGUUCUUGGGGAUGACUUGUGGGCGGAAGAAGAGGAGGCCGAGGAGGGAGGGGAAGGGGAGGGGGAGGAUGCGGUCGGGGACUGGGCGCACCAGUUGCGCCUGGAGCAGGAGUUUUUGCGCGGGAAGGCGCAGGACAGGGAGCGCGAGCGGGAGAGGCGGCGGGGGGCGCAGAGGGACAAGGCGGGGGAAAAAGCGCUGCCGGGGCAACAGCAGGGAGAGGGGGAGGGGAAGGAUAACCAGGAGGGAGUUGCGCCCGGCGCGGUUGGUCUCGGGGCGGAGGGGGAGGGGAAGGCGGAGGGGGAAGGGGAGGCGGAAGCCGGCGCUGCUACUGGCGGAGUUCCCGAAGGCGCUGAUGAUCAGGAACGGGCGGAAAAGGAGAAGGAGCAGGCGGGGAGGGAGCGUUUGGAGAGGGAGAGAAGGGAACGCGAAAGGAUGGAAAGAGAGAGGGCGGAGAGGGAGCGGGUGGACAGGGAACGUCUGAGGAGCCAACAGAAGCUUCUAGAAGAGGCUAUAGUGGAGAUGAAGCGCAUGAGGGGAGAGCAGAUCGCGAUGGGGCGGGAGCUGAGGCGCGCGCGGAACACCAAGGAGGCGGCCAAGCAGGCGUUCGGAGAGCUGAAGAAGCAGGGGGUCAACAAGGCGCAGACGGAGGAGAUCUCGCGCCUCUGGAUGCCCGCCACUCAGAACCAACCCAGUCUCCCCACCCCUUCCCCAUCCCUUCCCACCCCUCUCCACCUCUGUCCACCGCUUUCAACCAAUUUCCAACCCUUCCCACCCCUUCCCACCGCUCUCUCCUCCCCUAUGUCAGGUUGUGGUGCAGGAGCACAUGCUGGCGCAGGCGCGCGUGCAGCUCUCCUUGCUGGAGGGGGUCAACAAGGCGCCGACGAAGGAGAUCUCGCCACACCUUCCCCACCGCUUCCCACCGCGUCUCACCCGUUCCCCACCACCUCCCACCGCUUCCCACCGCUCUCCCCUCCCCCCUGUUAA